AUGGAUGAGGCUCUCUGGAACCCCAUAAACCACCAUCUCAGCUUUCUGAAGGGAGCCAUGAAGAAACCAAGGGUCACAACGCUCAGCUUUGUUUCUCUAUCCAUUUAUUAUCACAAGCAUUGGAAGACAGACUUUUUCUGGUGCCUCUGCAUUUUGGCCCUUGUGUCCACAGCAUCAACUCGUCAUCGCAGGAAUUCAAAACGGGGAGACGUAUUUAUUGAGAACAAUGACCAAAACAACGACCCAAAAAAACGAGAAUUACCAAAAGACUGCAGUGAAAUUCCACGAGACUCUGAUAGUGGAAUCUAUGCAAUCCAGCCUGAAGGUUCACACCCGCUAAUCGUGUACUGUGACAUGACUACAGAGAGUGGGGGCUGGAUUGUCAUUCAGCGUAAUAGCUUCAAUUCAGAGUUAACCUGGGAUGAAUCCUGGACCACAUACAAAUAUGGCUUUGGGAAUGUGGAGAAGGACUACUGGUUGGGCAUAGAGUAUCUUCACCACAUUACUAAGCAGAAAGUGUAUCAGGUGCGGUUUGUGAUUCUGGAUAAUAAGGAUGAAGAAAAAUAUGCAGACUACAACCUCUUUAGUGUAGAAGAUGAGGCUAAUGGCUACAGACUAAGACUGGGCAGCUACACAGGUACGGCUGGAGAUUCCAUGUCCUCCAUUCAGGCAGGAACCACACACGACAACAUGAAGUUCACAUCAAAGGACAAAGACCAGGAUAUCUACUCUGCUAACUGUGCAGCCAGUUAUGGUGGUGCAUGGUGGUAUGCUGCUUGUUUUGCUUCCAAGCUUAACAACAAAAAUGGCAUUCAGUGGUAUGGACUGUGUGCUGGUAACUGUAAAGCAUCCACUAUAAUGAUCCGUCCAGCCACUUUCUGCGUAUAUUAAGCUUUCCAAACAAUUCUGUAUUUAGUAAAAUGAAAUAAUAAAAUAAUUAUUUCAUAUACAAUGUAUAGUUAGAAUGCACAUACUACAGUCACAAAACUGUGAGACAGCACAAUGUGUAAAGCAGUAAAGCAUGUGAAGUAAACUUCAUUUCAAGGCACCAACAUUCAUCACGCUCUUGAUUUGCUUUUUGUUUUUUUCUACAAUACAGUAUAGUAAUAGGUUCUUGGAUAGAGGGAAAACUUUUCAGGUCUGAUCCCUUUAUCAUAUAAGUUUUGCUAGGACUUAGUGUAGACAGCAUGUGCUGUGCUGCAGUUAUGUGAGGUUGCACAGGAUUGACAUGGAAUCAACUUCCCUUUACAUUACCAGUCUAUCACAGUUUGUCAUCUGAAAAAGUCUAUGUUUGAUGUACUGGUGGGAAAAAGGUUUAUCGUCUGAGCUUUACACCUGUAUUCAGAGGCGUAACUUGUAGCUUCUGGGCCCCAGUGCAACAUCUGUAACAGGACCCUAUGUCUACCAUGUGACUUUAUAUGUGUUUUUUUUUAUGGAUAGUCUUGUAGUUAUGCCCCUGCCUGUAUUACUUUAACAACUUUUCUACUAACGUUAUGUGUAUUCCAAUGCAAUGGCCGGGAAAGGGCUGACCAAUAGACUCCAUGUGGUUCUGGUCCACACCAUUUCAGGCAAGCAACUCAUUGGCUCUGCAGCUCAAGUAUGAAAAGAGUUUAUUAUCGUAAGACCACUCCUUAAAGCAAACCUUUUAAAUCCCACAAAAAAAAUUGUAUGUUACUCAGUACCUAAUCCUGACCAUGCAUAUCUCUUUUGUAUGCCUAUAUCGCCUAUAUUUAUUUUUAAAAUUCCUUUUUUCUUUAGCUCACAGUGUUAGAAAUCCUCUCAGGGGAAGGGGGCAUGUCCCUGCCUUGUGGUUAUGGGAGGUGACUGGUGUGUCUGCUCAUGCAGCCUUGUCCACAAGUCAUCUCCUGUCCAUAACUCAUGGACAAGCCUAAUACAGCUGCAGGGCUGGUUAGUGUCCCAGUAGGUAUGGGGACCCCCUAGUGGUAGGAUUUUCUGAGCUGUUUUUUUAAUUAAAUAUUCCAAAAAUUUUAGAUGACCAUAUUACAAAAGGUCUUUAAUCUUCAUCAGUAACAACAUAUACAAAGUUUUGGGAUCUGACAGUGCCCAUUUAAAGCUGGUGUCACACCCGACAGUGUUUUAGAGAAAUGCCGCUGCAGUUUUUGAACCAUAGGCAUGAGUGAAUCCAAAAUUAAUAGAAAAUAUAAAAGAAGGACUUAUACUUCUCCUUCAUGGUUGAUCCACUUGAGCAGUUGAGAAACAAAAAUAAAACCUGCUGUGCAUGACACAAACCCCCCCCAAAAAAGGGGAAAUUGCUUUGUUACACUUCCUUUAUUCAAAGUGAAGUCUUUUUUGUUCUAAACUCUAACUAAACUUGUUUUGCUUGUAUUUGUGACAAUAAAGUUG